UUUUUCGACCCCAUUUUACCUCGUCACGUCUGUAAAGACAAAAAUACCCUCCUCCAUUCCAAGACAUCAAGACCAAGCACACGCACGCCGUACGCCUACUCCACAGCCCACACUUGGUUGGAAAGACCCCAACAGAUUGAACAUCUUCAUUUCCAACUCUAUCCGAUUGAUUGGUUAUUCACCCGUCAUCAUCGUCUCUCAGGUAAACUCAACUUUCUAAUAUCAGGGUUUUAACAUUCGAUCGAAGAUGGGAGGAGCAGCAGACCAUGGACACGGAGCAGAGGGGGCCCACGGUGACUUUAGGGCGAAGGUUUGGAGCAUGAGUGGAGGUCCGUACUGCAGGCCUAAGCACUGGCGCCGUAACACCGCCAUCGCCAUGUUCGGCGUCUUUCUCAUCUGCAUUCCCAUCGCCAUGAAAUCCGCCGAGCUUGAGCAACGGCCACAUCAUCCUGUUCGCCCAAUUCCAUCACAACUCUGGUGCAAGAACUUUGGGACUAAAGAUUACAAUGACGUGCAGUAAUUUUGGAGCUUCUAUUGCUGGAAGUUUCUGCCUGGCAAAGUGCCUGCUGUAUCUUUUUGGUUGCAGGUUUGAGAAAAUUGAGACUUGUUCUGGUAAUAUUGGAAUACGAUUUUAAAUCGUACAAUUUAAGGAGUGGAUUGUCAUCCUUGGUGAUAUUGUUAAUAAAUUGUCGUCUGUCUUUUGCCAUCAAGAAAAUGUUGAAACUGCUGCUUGAGAUUUCAA